AUGGAAAAAUUAAGGGAGAUUUUGAAUAAUUAUCCAGACUCUACAGAGGUAUCACUUGAGAAGUGUAAUUUAACUACCUUGGAUGAUGUAUUGGAUUAUUUGGGAAAAUUAGGAAAUCUUAAAGUUUUAAGGCUUGGUAAUAACUUCCUCUCAAAGCUUCCUUCAGAUAUGAGCAACAUGAAAAAGCUCGAAUAUUUAGAUGUUAGUAACAAUCCUUUUGGGGAUUUGGAAGAUAUAAUGUCAGGCUUGGUUUCUCUCCCUUCCCUAAAACAUCUCUACAUUUCAUUGAACGAAGAUGAUGAAGAUAAUUUGAUUAUUAGUAUGGCUAAUUUGCAAUCGUUCAAUGGUACACCAUUAACAGAUAUUCCUGAUAAUGAUCCAGCUUUAUACAAUGAAGAAGAUGCUCCUGGUGAAACUUUUACUUCAAAUCCACCUCAAGACUCCUAUGCUAACACUGAACAAAACGAAAAAGUUGAAUUCAAUGAAACAGACCUUGAAAGUUCAAGAAAGGUUUACGAAGCAUCCUGCUUAUUCUUAGGACAAAAGCCUCAAUUUUCAAACUUUGCUGCAGAUACUAUUGCACAUUUAAAGAAUAAUUUAACAGAGGAAACUGAUCACGUUAAGGCAACAAUUACCAUUUCAAAUGCUAAUAAGACAUUGUACGAUAGAAGCUUUGAGGAUAUUAUUGGUGUUAUUGCAAAAUCCGAUAAGAAAUUAUCAAGUGUUUUGGCUAUUGUCAAGAGCUCUUACUCUGGCCUCCUAGAUGAUUGUUUCACUUUGAUGGAUAAUACUGUUCUUGAAUAUAAUAAGAGAGUUAGAUCUUUGCAGAAAGAUUUAGAUGCAGCAGAUGUUGAAAUAGGACAACUUCUUGAAGCUGCUGAAGCACUUCAACAAUCAGCUUCCGACAGUGAAAGUACUAAGAGAAAAGUAUUGCUCAGCUGGGAGAAGGAAAGAGAAAGUUUGUGUGAAGAAAUAGGAUUCUUAAAGACUGAAUUAGAAAAAUACAAGAACAGACUUACACAAUUCCAACUUAAUAGACAAAAGAUUUCCACACAAAUCAAUACUUCACCAUCCAAACUACUUAAAACACCACAAUCACCUUCUACAGGUAAUUCACAACUGAGCAGUAGUACUUUUAAGCUGUCUCAAAUUACUGUUAAUGUGAAUACUAAAUCCCUAACUUUGCGUCAAUUAAAGGAUUUGAUCGAAGAAAUUUACGCAUCUAAGCAAAAGUUUGAUGAAAAGUGUGCAGAGAGCAGACUUCCCAGAGAAACAAUGGAACAACAUUUAUAUACAUACCUCAAUCAAAAGUAUGGUCUUAAGAAUAUAAUUUUGGAUUAUGCUUCAUCAAUUGUCCAAGGUAUUAAGAGGUACUCUACUGAAGAUAACGAUGUUGCUGUAUUUGGAAAAAUUUUAAGAAAUGAAAUCGAUGAAGAAUUUAGAUUUGUUCAAAAACAAUUAAAGGAUACUGUAGCUGAAUUAUUAAAGGUUUUCCUUAGAGGAAAAUAUACUAAGAAGAUGGAUUCUGAAAUUCAAGCAAUGCUUCAACAAAGAAUGUCUGGAGACAUCCUUGAGGAAGAAUGGGUUGAUAUUGUUAAAUACAUGUACAAUAAGGAAGAUUCUGUGAAUGUAAUUAUGAAGGUAACUGAAGCUAUUCAAGCCAUCCAAAACAAGCUCAACAGAGGAAACAGUAGACAAAUUGGGUCAACAUCUCCAACUAAAAGUAUUCCAAACAAUCAAAAUAAGGUUCCAUUCAAGAUUUUCCUCAAAGUCUUGUUGACAUAUCAAUUGAAAGGUCACGAGCAAUUCUUGUACAAGUUUGUCAAGUUGUUCAGAAAAGUUGAUGGAGACAAGAAUGGUAUCUUGAGUGAAAUUGAAUUCAAACAUUUACUUCACCUUAUUAAUCCAAAUAGAUCGGAAAGUGAUUAUGCUCAAUGGUUGAACUAUGUAGAUCCUUACAAUAAUCAACAUAUAACAUUUACUGAAUGUGUUACUUUCCUUUCUUCAGAACUCUUAAAGUUAAUGGGUGAAAAGUCUCAAAAUGAUUCUGUUGAUGAGGAAAAUGCGGAUGAGGAAUUUGAAUAUGAAAAUAAUGCUGAAAUGUAA